AUGAGCACGGACGCCAUCCCAGUAGACAGCGAUACCAUUAUCAGCUUACGGAGGGCUAUAAAGGAUUGCACCGAGCGAGGUCUGAGCCACGCGUCGAAAUGGGCCGCCGAGCUUCUAGCUUCUGUCCCACUGGAGAAAAAGCGCGCCGUCCCAAAGGAAAUCGCGUUUGCAUCUACACCUUCUAGACCGCCACAAUCACGAAGCCCCCUCAUCCCAAAUCCCCCGUCCACAACGUCUCUCCACAUUGAUACCGGUGGCGUACCAGUUCCACAGAUACCAGCUACGAAUGUCGAGGAUAUUGGCGCGCGAAUGGCAGAGAUGGACAUAGAAACCAAUGAGGAGGACCUUCUGUCGCAGGGAAGGGCAUGCUUUGAUUCAAAGGAGUUCCUGCAUGCAAGUCACUUGUUGAGCAAAUGCUCGAGUGUCAAGGGACAGUUUCUCGGUCUUUAUGCGAGAUAUUUGGCCAGUGAGAAGCAAGCGUUGCGCGAUUGGAAUAAGAUGGAUGGCGAUAGAAAUCAACCUACGGCACCAGUCAACGUCUUGCUUUCACAACUUUACGAGUGCGCUGCUCAAAUAAGCAAUACCGAUCCAUGGAUCCUUUUCAUUCGAGGCCUUCUGCUUUAUCGCAUACAACGACGAGAAGAAUCAAUUGAAUGCACAAUACGCUCCAUAGAACGAUAUCCUUGGAAUUGGUCUGCUUGGACUUUAUUGACCAACCUGGUCAAUGAUGGCGAAGAGCUAGCAGGCCUCAUCCCGCUGAUACCUCUCCCACCGACUCACCCUCUCGUUCAAUUUUUUCAUAUCAAAACGCUGAAUGUUCUACAUCAGCCGUCGGAGAAUGAGAUCGACAUGUGCGAUAAACUUCUGGCUCCUGAUUAUUUUCCGAAUAGUCUGUGGAUUAUGAGCAUGCGCGCUACUGCGUUGUAUCAUCUUCAUGACUUUGGCCAGGCCGAGAUACAGUUCAAGAAGAUCCUGGAACUUGAUCCAUAUCGCGUAGACGAUAUCGAUAUCUAUUCAAACAUACUGUAUGUCACUGAGGACCGGCUACGACUAUCCAAACUCGCACACGAGUUCCUGACAGUGGACAAGGAUCGACCGGAAGUAUGCUGCCUCGUCGGAAAUCAUUACUCACUACGUGCUGAACACGACAAGGCUAUAAAGUAUUUCCGUCGGGCAACACAGCUCGACCCGACAUAUCUUUCAGCAUGGACUUUAAUGGGCCAUGAGUACGUCGAGAUGAAAAACUCACAUGCCGCGAUCGAAGCCUACCGUAUCGCCGUUGAGGUGAACAGAAAAGACUACAGAGCGUGGUACGGACUGGGCCAAGCCUACGAACUCUUGAACAUGCAUCAGUAUGCGCUGCAUUACUUCCAACACGCCACAUCACUACGACCGUAUGAUGUUCGAUUAUGGCAAGCUCAGGCGGCAAGUUACGAAGAGAUGGGAAGACUGCGUGAAGCCGUCGAGUGCUACAAACGAGCCCUUCUAGGUGCUGACGUCAAUGAGAGCACGAUCAGCUUAAAGCUUGCGAAACUGUACGAUGACCUGAAGGAGCAGAAGGAAGCAGCAGACUAUCAUAUGCGAGUCAUCCACGUCUGCCGUGCAACUCAGAAAAUGCUCGCCGAAUAUGCCAAAUCCUGUAUCUAUGUCGCUAGAUUCCAGUUCCAGACUGGAGGAGACCUGGAUUUGGCGAAAGAUCUAUUGGAUAAAGUAGCAGGGAGCAAUGCAGAGGAUGCAAACGAGGCCGCAGAGUUGGUGAAGAAGGUGAAUGCGGCUAUAGUGGCCCAGGUGGGUGCUACGCAUGAAGAGUCAUCCGCAUUGGAUGGGACGGUAGUAGCAGGGACCAACAUUUAACGAAGCCUUGUAGUCUUGAAGUAGAUGUAUGAUACAUACUUGUCAUGCGU